UUUUCGCUGUCCCUCUCAUCCCUGAUCUUGUUUGACUCACCAUUUCACUGAGGCUGGUUAUUAUGAGACUCUUCACGAUGUGCGCUGGCAAUCGGCUGGUGCCCUUGUUAUUAACGUUAUCCAGGGUCAUCUCGGCGCAGGUGGACUAUUCUCAGUAUGUGAAUGCUUUUAUGGGAUCGGAAGGCCCGAAUCCAGGCCAAGGGUAUGGAGGGGGCGAUAUCUUCGUAGGUGGUGCUCGGCCCUUUGGAGUAGCAAAAGUGGGAAUCGAUACCACAGCUGCAAACUGGAGUCUCGCGGUUCUGAAUGGAGGCUGGACGCCGGAUGGGAAUGUCACCGCAGUCAGUAUGAUGCACGAAAGCGGAACCGGCGGCGCCCCCAAGUACGGCCUGAUUCCCCAGAUGCCUCUUACCUCUGUCGGGUCCCCGGUGAAUCUACUCGAUAACCUCACUUAUAGCCAGCCCAGAGUCGGUAAUGACUCAGCCAGCGUGGGCUACUUCAAAACCUCACUUCAGAAUGGUGUGCAAAUCGAACUGUCAGCCAGUCGACAUGCCGGGAUCAUUCAGUAUUCCUUCCCUGAAGGAGAAAAGCAUGUUCUGGUCGAUAUUUCCCACUAUCUGCCCGGAUCACCCGGCGAUUCCAACGGCCAGUUCUAUGUCGGCGGAGAGAUCCAAAUCGAAGAUAGUGGGAAAGCAUACACCGGGUAUGGAACGUAUGUUGGUGGCUGGAAUAAUGGCGCCCCCUUUACAGUCUACUUCUACGGCGAGUUCUCUACGGCACCAGAGACAGCUCGUACCUUUACAGGCACCAAUACAGAUCCAAUGCCGCGCUAUCAGAACCUGGCAAAUGGAGGCAUCUCUCAACCAACAUAUGGCAAUGUCUCUGGUAAAGCAACCUCGGGGCCUAUGAAUGACCGCAUUGGGGCGCUUUUCAGCUGGGACACGGGCUCAGCUACCCAGAUCAGUUCUCGGGUGGGAAUAUCUUUCAUAUCCACCGAAAAGGCUCGCUCGUACAUCACAUCUGAAAUCCCUUCCUGGACACUUAACGACACCGUGCAGUCUGCUGUUGACGAAUGGAACCAAGAUGUCUUUAGUAAGACUCAGGUAUCUCUCGACAGCACAGCGAACAUGACCCGUGUGCGAUUGCUAUAUAGCUCUCUCUACUUUAUCCACUUGAUGCCAUCCGAUCGGACGGGUGAAAAUCCGCUUUGGCAAUCUGACGAGCCUUUCUGGGAUGACUUCUAUACACUCUGGGAUAUAUUCCGCUGCACAGUCAGUUUCUAUCACAUCUACCAGCCCACUUACUACGAGUCCAUGAUCCGAGGACUGAUUGACAUAUGGAGGCAUCAAGGCUUCCUCCCAGAUGGCCGCUCCGGAAACUGGAAUGGACUGGUUCAAGGUGGUUCCAAUGCGGACAACGUGCUCGCAGAUGCCUAUGUGAAGGGUCUGCGAGGUGCGAUCAAUUGGACGGAUGGCUAUGCCUCAAUGAAAACAAAUGCAGAAGUUGUUCCUUAUAACACGUGGGAUGCUACUGACCUUUCUGCAAGUACAAAGGAAGGUCGUGGUGCCUUGGAUGACUGGUUAGAACUUGGAUACGUCUCACAGGAUCGAAACACGCGCUGCAUUUCUAGGACUGUGGAGUACAGUCUCAAUGACUUUGCUGUGAGCCAGGUCGCCGCCGGAGAGAAGCCUAGCGACCAGGAAAAAUACCUCAAUCGGUCUGCUGGUUGGCAGUAUAUAUGGAACGCAGACGUUCAGAGCCUGAAUUUUACCGGCUUUCUGGCGCCGAAAUUUGCAAAUGGCUCGUUCAACAAUAGCGGGUAUGAUCCUCGUUACUGUUAUGAGUGCGAAUGGCUCGCAUAUACGUAUGAGGGUGUUCCCUGGGAGUACUCGUUCGUGAUACCGCAUGACAUGGAGGCGUUGAUAGAUUUCAUGGGUGGAGCAGACACUUUCGAGUCCCGACUGGACCUUCUAUUCGAACCAAAUAUGUCCGUUCAGAACCUCGGAGCGAACGGUGCUGGCAUCACAACGAUCAUCAACAUCGGGAACGAACCCGAUUUUGCAACUCCAUAUCUAUACAACUACAUCAACAAGCAAGCCAAAAGCGUCGAAAAAUCCCGGAAUCUAGGGUAUCAGUACUUCCGCGAUGAGCCCUACGGGGUCCCAGGGAAUAGCGAUGCGGGGGCAAUGAACUCGUGGCUGUUGUGGCAGAUGUUGGGAAUCUAUCCCGUUGUCACGCAACCAGUGUACCUCCUCGUCUCGCCCUGGUUCCCGGAUCUCAACAUGACCAUCAGUGGAAAUCAGACGCUGCGUAUCACUGCGAGCGGAAUGGACGAGGGUUACUAUGUACAAAGUGUGAGGAUCAAUGGGCAAGCCUGGACCAAGAAUUGGUUUGAACAUGACGAUGUCAUGACCCAGGGCGGCACAAUCGAGUUUGUCCUCGGCCCGAACAUGACGGCCUGGGAUACUGGCAGUGUGCCGCCAUCCCCGGGACAUCGGAGGAUAUGAUUCCUGAUGCCGAGUUAUCUACGGUUGGACUGCUAUUUGGUAUAGACGGGUAGCUCAGGUACACCCGAUCCGGUAGCUCACAAUCUGCCAUGUUGGAUAUUAGAGUGUGAAACCAUAAAUAUC